AUGCGAAAAGCACCGGAAAACCGAAUCAACUCACAAUACGCACAGAAGCUGAUUGCAGCAUACCACACAGUCCGGAAGAUCCUGGGCGAGAACAGCGAAGGGGCAGUCAUCACCAAAGGCAACGAUGCCAAGUUCUUCUGCACCGGUCUGGAGCUAGACGAAGCAGACAACAACCCUUCCGCAAAUUCCGAAGGUUUCUAUCCCCUGUUGGCCACGUUGAUGGACUUUCCCUUUCCGACAAUAGCCCUGAUAACGGGCCACACUUUUGGAGGCGCGGGUCCGUUCGCCUUGAGCCAUGAUUACCGGGUGAUGAAUUCGAAGCGAGGCUACAUCUCCAUGCCUCCGGUGAACCUUGGACUUUCUUUCCCGGGAAUUGGAGCUCUGCCGCGGAUGAAACUACGUCCCGAGAUCGCUAGGAAGAUGCUUCUGGAGGCUGCACGAUGGACUGGCGAGCAGGCCCUCGCAGAUGGCAUCGUCGAUGAGAUCGCCGAACCGGACAAGAUGCUCGACGCUGCAUUGAAUCUCGCAAGGCGGCUGGCACCCAAGGCCAAGAUGGGAGUAUUCAGCGUGCUUAGAAAUGAGUUGUACGGCGAGGCCGGCAAAAGUUUCCGCGAGAUCAGCUAUGUCUUUGGCAGACAAGUGGGCACAGCUGCAAAGGCGAAAAUAUAG